GUAGGGUGCACCCAGACUGUCCUGGGCCAGAAGCGCGCAGUAGGUUCCGGGUCCCGUGACUCGCAUGACUGCAUCGCCGGGUGCGCGGACCGAGGAUCUGCCCUGUCCCCCUUGAGAGAGAAGUUCCCACGGCCGUGGCGCCCAUGGCGGGCGAGAGACUCGGGCAACAGGGCGAAACGGCCACUGCGGUUCCGGAGACCCGAGAGCACCUCUUUAAGGUGCUGGUCAUCGGCGAGCUCGGCGUGGGCAAGACAAGCAUCAUCAAGCGCUAUGUGCACCAGCUCUUCUCCCAGAACUACCGCGCCACCAUUGGCGUGGACUUCGCCCUCAAAGUCCUCAACUGGGACAGCAGGACGCUCGUGCGCUUGCAGCUGUGGGACAUCGCUGGACAGGAGCGGUUUGGCAACAUGACCCGAGUGUACUACAAGGAGGCUCUUGGAGCAUUUGUAGUCUUUGAUAUAUCGAGAAGUUCCACAUUUGAUGCAGUCCUAAAAUGGAAAAAUGAUCUGGAUAGCAAAGUUCAUCUUCCCAACGGAAGUCCCAUUCCUGCUGUCCUUCUAGCUAACAAAUGUGACCAGAAGAAGGACAGCAGCCAGAGUCCUUCCCAGAUGAACCAGUUCUGUAAAGACCAUGGCUUCAUUGGAUGGUUUGAAACCUCUGCCAAGGAUAACAUAAACAUCGAUGAGGCCACCCGCUUCCUAGUGGAAAACAUGCUCGCGAACCAGCAAAGUUUUCCUAGGGAAGAAAUCGACAUGGACAAAAUUAAACUGGUGGAGGAGCCCCCCACGACAAAGCCCAAGUCCCAGUGCUGCUGAUGUGUCUCCAUGGUCUUGCAUGCGCAUGCGUCUGAGGGUGCCCCCUCCUAACCCUCGGUGCCAUUGUCCGCUGUGAAUCUCCCUCAGGGGCGCUUUAUCAUUCAUCUGCACAUGAACCGCCCAUCUGAACUGGAGAUCCCAGGAGCACUGUUCCCACUAGAGGCUCUUUGAUUUACCAGAGGACCCCUCAGGCUCUUUGUACUGCUAAAGGCAGACUAAUGUUUACAGCCUUUGAAAUAUUUUGUACACGAAUUUCAAGGGUUAGCUUUUAAUGUGGUUGGCCAGUAGAAAAACUUCCCUCCUCCCCUUGGUGAUCCUGACAUCUUGAGUGUCUUUUUUCCUGUAUACAUCCUCACCUAAGCACGGGUUGUUCUUGGUUUUUGUUUGUCUUAUUGUUUGUUUUCUUUCUUUAAGGUGGUAGCUACGAAGACUUGAAGGUCCCACGCAGUUAUAUCCUAGUCAAAACUUGGUGCGUCGUGUAGAGUUUUUAUCUUUAAAUAACAUGAUUCUAGAACGCAUAGCCAUUGUGUAACUGAGUCACUCUGAAUCACCCUUGAGAGCCCCUUCUUUAAUUAGUCAAGAAGUACCGAGCUGGGGAUGUGGCUCACUUAGAGAGCGUUUACCUUGAAUGUGAUAGAUGCUCGAGAGAUCAAAGAAGUUAGCACCAUACCUGUUCUGUGGGUGUCUCCCUCUGGAUCCUCUCUAGGGGUAGUUGCCACUCCCACUUGGAAACAAUACAAAUGAACUUUUUUUUUCUUCUGCCCUCUAGUCUGUGUUUAUAGCCUAGAACCAUAUUAAAGAUACAGUGGUACUAAGAGGAACUUGUCUUUCCAGACCCGUCUUGGUAAUAAUGGUCAGGAGGAGAAUUCUUUUUCGAAGCACAUGCAAGUUUAUGCAAAAGUUUCUGUAGUGUAAAACCUGAAAGAAAGUAAACCAUGUCUAGUAUUGUCUAUGGUUUUUGGGUACUGGUUGUAUAAUGCCUAGGACACUCAGGAAGAUCCUCUAUAUCGCAUUGCCUUUCACUCAGUGAAAGAAACGAAUAGAUAUUUUAACCUAAGCCUGUGUGCUGAAUGAAUGUCAUUCUAGGAAGGUCCUUUUCUGGUGAAGAAAAUGUGUUUGACUGGGGUGUUGGUUCACCUCUGUUGCCCCAGCAUGUAGGAAACAGAGGCGAAGGGUAGGAGUUCGUGGCAUAUCUUGGCUACAUAGCCAGCUCAAGGACAGCCUGUGCUACAGAAGAGGCUUUCUCCAAAAAAU